AUGGUGGAGAAGCGCUGCCCGCUGCAGAGGGACGGCGUGUACCGCUGGUUCUCGGAGCUGCCGUCGCCGCAGCGCGUCGAGUUCCUGUGCGGCCUGCUGGACCUGUGCAUCCCGCUCGAGCUGCGCUUCCUCGGCUCGUGCCUCGAGGACCUGGCGCGCAAGGACUACCACUCGCUGCGCGACUCGGAGAUCAAGGCCAACAACCCGGCCGACCUGGGCAGCCUCACCAACCUGACGGACGAGGUGGUGCGCAGCAAGCUGCUCGUGUCGCUCGCGCUGCUGGGCUCGGAGCAGCGCGAGGCGGCGGGCGUGCUCUACCGCACGCUCACGCACAUCGACUCCAUCAUCCACAACUACGGGCUGCAGCUCAACGAGGGCCGCACGGGCGAUGAGUUCCUGCUGCUCUUCACCAUGGCCUCCAACCACCCGGCCUUCAGCUUCCACCAGAAGCAGGUGCUGCGGCAGGAGCUCACGCAGAUCCAGAGCAGCCUGAGCGGCGGCGGCGGCGGGGGCCCCGCGGGCAAGGGCGUGCCCACCUGCCCGGCCUGCCACAAGGUUACCCCGAGGACCGAGGCCCCCGGCCACAGUGGCAGUCACAGCCUGGAAAGCGCGCUGCACACGUCUGCACAUUCCGCUGAGGAGCCACUGCCCAAGAGGCCGCUGGGGAAGCACGGCAAAGUGAGUGUUGAAAAGGUAGACCUGAAGGGGCUGUCGCACACACAAAGUGACCGAAAUGUGGACUGCUCCUUUGAGGUCUUGUGGUCGGAUUCUUCAGUAACAUCAGUAACCAAAUCUUCUUGUGAAGUGACUGAAUUUAUUUCAAAGCUGUCGCAGCUCCACCCGGAGGAGAGCUCGGAGAAGCUCAUUCCGUGCUUAGCUGCCCCAGAGCCGUUUUACGCCGAGCGAAGCCACGUGGACCUGGACACAGGCCUGAGGUAUUUGUCUUCGUUACCUUCUCACGUAUUAAAAAAUGACCACGUGAAGAAGUUUUUCAGCACUGCAGCGCCCAGCCCACCGCUUCCGGGUCCAAGUCCUGGCAACCCUUCCCUCUCCAAAGUGGGCGCCAUGAUGGGUGUGUCUGGAAGGCCCGUGUGCGGAGUGGCUGGCAUCCCGGCCUCUCAGAGCAGCGCCCAGCAUCACCUGCCACACGCCGCCAGCGCAGCCACCGCCCUGCCCCACUGUUCUCACUCAGCGGGCGCAGGCUCAGCGCUGGCCUACCGCACCCAGAUGGACGCCUCGCCCGCCAUCCUCAUGCCUUCCGGUCUGCAGGCCCCCCAGACCCAGGAGCAGAACGGGAUUUUAGACUGGCUGCGGAAGCUGCGCUUGCACAAGUAUUACCCGGUCUUCAAGCAGCUCACCAUGGAGAAGUUUUUGAGCCUCACUGAAGAAGAUCUCAAUAAAUUUGAAUCCCUCACCAUGGGAGCAAAGAAAAAACUCAAGACUCAACUGGAGCUGGAAAAGGAGAAGUCAGAGAGACGCUGCCUGAACCCCUCAGCCACGCCCUUGGUCACCAGCAGCGGGGUGGCUCGUGUGCCCCCCACCAGUCACGUGGGGCCCGUGCAGACGGGGCGCGGCAGCCACGCUGCAGAGCUGCGGGUGGAUGUGGAGCAGCCCUCUCACCAGCUGCCCCGGGAAGGCAGCUCCUCCGAGUACUCCAGCUCCUCCUCCAGCCCGCGGGGCGUGCAGGCCCGGGAAGAGAGCUCUGACAGCGCGGAGGAGAAUGAGCGGCGUGUGGAGACCCUGGAGGGCCCCGAGAAGGAGAAGCCGGUCAUGCUGCUGAGCCACUUCACGUCCAGCGCGGCCAGGCCCACGGCCCAGGUCCUCCCCGUGCAGAACGAGGCCGGCUCCGGCCCGGCGGCACACCACCCCCUGCCCCCGCAGAUGCUGCCUGCCGCCUCGCACCUGGCACCCAUCCGGAUGCUGAACUCUGUGCACAAGUCCGAGAGGGGGGGCUCGGACGUGAGGCUCCUCUCGCCGUCUGUGCACUCGCUCCUGUCUCUCGAGGAGAGGGGGAAAGGGUCCGGGCCGAGGGGCAGCGUCAAAGUGGACAAGAGCUUUGGCAGUGCCAUGAUGGAUGUGCUGCCCACGUCCUCGCCCCAUCAGCCCAUGCAGGUCCUCUCUGGACUUUCAGAGAGCAGCUCCCUGUCCCCCGCAGUCUCCUUCGGUCCCCGGGCCAAAGUUGUACACGCAUCCACACUGGACAGGGUGCUGAAGACAGCGCAACAGCCGGCCCUGGCAGGGGAGUCGAGCACGGCUGCGACGGGGACGCCGAGCAGCGUGCUGCACGUGGCCCGGCCCCCAAUCAAGCUGCUGCUGUCCUCCUCAGUUCCCGCAGACACCCCCAUGUCCGGGCAGACGUCCUGUCCCAGCAACGUGCAGCUCAGCGUGCCCCCCGCCGUCAUCAGCCCCCGGAACGCUCUCUACACAGCCAGCACCAAAGUUGCCUUUCCUUCAGUGAGCAGUCUGCCCGUGAGCCCUCUGCAGGCCGGCUUCUGUGCCAGCAGCAACACUGCCUCCUCCAGCAGCCUCCCCGCCACGUCCUUUGCUAACAUGGCCACGCUGCCCAGCUGCCCGGCCCCCAGCUCGAGUCCUGCGCUCGCUUCUGUCCCGGAGAACAGUUUCUACAGCAGCGGUGCUGGUGGUGGCAGCUCCACGGGGAACAUGGCCGCCUCGAGUCAGGGCCACCACCAUCAUCACCACCAUCAGCAGCCCCCAGCGCCGCCGCAGCCUGCGCCGCCCCCACCCGGCUGCAUCGUGUGCACGUCCUGUGGCUGCAGCGGCAGCUGUGGCUCUGGCGGCCUCACUGUCAGCUACGCCAACUACUUCCAGCACCCGUUCUCUGGGCCGUCCGUGUUUACCCUGCCCUUCCUGCCCUUCAGCCCGGUGUGCAGCAACGGCUACGUCGGCGCUCAGCAGUAUGGCGGCGGCUCCACCUUCCCUGUGGUGCACGCGCCCUACAGCAGCAGUGUCCCCACGGAGCCCGUCCUGGGCGGCCAGUCCACAUUUGCUGUGCCGCCCAUGCAGAACUUCAUGGCGGGGCCUGCGGGCAUGUACCAAGCGCAGGGGCUGGUGGGGGGCAGCAAUGGCUCCGGUCACAAGAAGAGUGGGAACCUGUCGUGCUACAACUGCGGGGCCACUGGUCACCGUGCCCAGGACUGCAAGCAGCCGUCCAUGGAUUUCAAUCGGCAAGGUACUUUUAGGUUGAAAUACGCGCCCCCAGCGGAAAGCCUGGACUCCACCGACUGA